AGAAUCCUGGGAGAGCUCAGAGAGAUUGGAGGGGGGGAAAGUUGGCAAAUUACAUGUUCAGUAUUUUUUGUUUUGAUAAAAAAAGGAACACGACAAGUGAAAGCCAGCAUUUGAGGUGCUUCAGCUCAUUUUCAGGCUGCAGUUCUUCACUUCAUGGAAAUCCAGUUUUCCAGGUUUUUUUAACAGUUAUUUUAGGGUCGAGGAUGUCACCCUCUAGUAUUUUCUUCCUCCUGAUUUUAGGUUCCAUGGUGGACACCAAAACCUCAUCUGAAAAAGGAUCCCUGCUCUAUCCCUAUGGACCAGACCAGGGGGAUGAAACCAACCCCAAACUCGAUGACGGGACAUCUGAGGCAAUCACCCUCUCCAUUCCCUUCACCUUCUAUGGCAAAACCCACCAAACUGCGUUUGUGAACAACAAUGGGGUGAUCUCCUUUGACAAGCCUGUCAGACAAUACACCCCCGACCCCUUUCCUCUGGCGGACGGGCGCCCUUUCGUGACUCCCUUCUGGGCAGAUGUGGACAACGUGGAGGGUGGGGACAUCUUCUACCGCCAGAGCACCGACCCAGCACUGCUGGGGGACAUCAGCCAGCACAUCACCCAAUACUUCCCUGAAAGCCCCUUCACUGCCACCUGGGCCUUUGUGGCCACCUGGGACCAUGUGGCCUACUGGGGCUCCAGAUCUGACAAGGGCAACACCUUCCAGGCUGUGCUGACCACUGACUCCAAGAUGUUCUACAUCAUCCUCAACUAUUGGGACAUCCAGUGGACCACAGGGGCAGCAAGUGAUGGGGAUGCUGAAACAGGACUUGGGGGGACUCCAGCACAUGCGGGAUUCAAUAGCGGUGAUGACACCAACUUCUACAACAUCCCUGGAUCCCAAACUGAUGCCAUCAUCAACAUCACCACCACCUCCAACGUCAAGGUCCCAGGACGCUGGGUCUUUAGGGUGGAUGACUUCCAGGCCCCAGAUGUGGAUCCUCCCCAGCUGGAUAACAGCUGCUGGUUGUGAAUUGAGGGGAGUGUGGCAGAGGGACAACACCUCUGCCACUGUUAUCACCAAUGAAGUCACUGUGCAGGUCAAGAUCAUGCCAGCUUCUAGCAGAGCAAUAAAAUUUCAGCUAAGACA